UUUUACUUCGAGUGAUGUGCCUACAACUUGUCCUCCUCCUUCCUUCCAGCUGCUUCUUGCUUCUGCCCUCUACUUUUGGUGCUGGUGCGAGUAGACAACACAACACAAUCUUCCUUCCUUCCUUCUUCCUUCCUUCCUUCCUUCCUUCCUUUCAUUCAUUCCAUCCUCACCUCACUCUUCUUGUUCAUAACCCAUUCAAUACUGCAACUUUUAAACACAAACUUUCACGGCUCCCCGUUACGAGUAUAAUCCACACACGACAAGAUGUCCUCUCCCGCCGAGCCUAUUAAUACCUCCUAUCCCCUCUCCCUGCCUACCACUCCCAUCCUCACUCCAUCCUCGUCACCCGAGCUCUCGGAAGUCCCUUCAAGCUCUGAAGAUGCUGUCGUUAUCUCGACCGCUGCUACAACCCCCGAGUUCGAAACUGCAAACUCCUCCGCUCCUGAGAUCUCAAACGCAGAUCAAGAGCACAUCCAAGAAAACGUCGCCGGCGAGACAGCUGCUGAGUCCGCACCCGCUCUUAGGACUGAGGACCAAGAGAACGUCACCGCUGAGCCAGCUGAGUCCUCGCUCUCACCCACGGACUUGGAAGAUAGUACCAUCACUGCUCCGAAGACCUCAGACCAAGAGAAAAUUACCGCCGAGCCAGUUGAGUCCUCACCUGCACCCCAGGAUUUGGACGACAGCACCAUCGCCAGUGCCAUCUCGGAGCUCGAGCAGCUCGAUCUAACCGGACCCGCUCUCGCUCCCAUGCUCCCGGAGAACACCACUCCCGAGCUGUCCCAGUCCUCUGCUACCGUCGACGACCUCACCGCCAAGCUGUCCUGCAAAAUCAGCGUCCUCCAUCUCCCCCCUCUCUCCGCACCCUGCCUCACCGCUCAAAAAACCAGCAUCGUGGUCACUACCACUCCCAUGGGUACUUCGUGGACACCGCACCCGUCCCCGCCAUUCGCGCCGUAUCCGGCUAAUAGGCAGCACACGGUGUUCACCCUGCCGAUGGAGGAUGGCGGCGAAGUGUGGGUCUACCUUGCCGGUUCGGAGGAGGACGACGGCGACGAGGACGUGCCCCUGAUGGAGAGGGCCAGUUGGAAUGAGCGCAAGGAGGAGGUCCCGCUGUGGGAGCGCGAAAUGGUCGUUAUGAGGGUCGAGGCUCGUCUGCCGGUGGAUUUGGACACCGGAGAGGAGGAGCUGGCUGCCGUUGAGAGGUGGGUUAAAGGAAAGUGGAAGGGGAAGAAGGGAAAGGGGAAGGGAAAAGGCAAGAAGAAGUGGCCAGGUGAGGGGAGGUUUGUUCUCACUGGUAGUGAGGGUAGUGGUGAUAGUGGUGAUAGUGGUGAUAAGGCGGAAUAGGUGGAUAGAUGGGAUGGGAUAGGUGGUCUGAUACGUCGUUGACGAUGUACUGUAUGCUAUGGCUAUUCUAUGCCACGCUGCUAUGCUAUGCCAUUCUAUGCUAUUCCGUUCUAUGCUAUGCUAUGUGACGGUGAUGACUAGCAAAUGUAUUUCUCGAUCAUCGACCACCACUCGAACCCCUCAAGCUAACUAGCUUGA